AAGAAGGAGCGGCUGCAUUUGAUCUUGUUCGCCUCUGAUUUGAGGAAAGGCAUUCCUACCAAGCGACAUAGGAAUUGGACAAGCAUUUUAGCAAAGGUGAAUUAUGAAGGCUUCUGGAGUAUUAGUUGGAUUGCUUCUUGUAUCAAGCCUUCAAGGCUUAGUUCAGAGUAAAGGAACGAUGAAGAAUCUAAAGGAAGUAUUCAUAGGUCGCUGUCAUGAGUUCUAUCAAAUUUCACAGCCUCAAAUACUUCCAAAAAAUUGUUCGCUUUUGUGGAGCAAGUUUCACGAGGCAUUUCGUAAUAAAAGUGCAUGCCAAGUAAAGCCAAGUGACUACAAAGAGUAUUGUGAAUACGCUGAUGAUUCAAGAAAAAUAAAUCAGAGCCUUUUCUGGGAAGCAACGAAAGAUACAGUGGAUCUUAUAACUCAAGUUUAUCCAAAUUUUGUGUCUCUUGGAAGAACAAUUCAAGGGUAUAUUGCAAAUAGACUUCUUUGGUGCGGUGGCUCAGGACCAGAUGGGAUAAACUACACACAUUGUCCUGGUGAUAACGAAUGUGGCUUUGAAGUUUACUAUCCAUACUGGGCAUAUGCUUCACAACAAUUGGCAAAGAAAGCUACUGGUGUUGUUCACGUUUUGUUGAAUGGCUCUAGAGAAGAUGGAGUGCCGACAUACAGCAGAGACAGCUACUUUGCAAAACUGGAACUCCCAAAUAUGGACAAUAAAGCUGUUACUGAGGUGCGUGCAUGGGUUAUAUACGAUCUACAUAAAAAGCAAAAGGAGAAGUGUGGUGAAAAGUCACUGGUUCACUUCGCAGAAGACGCUGAGAAGUUUGGAUUGAACUUUACUUGUACAGACAACCCUCUGUUCUUGCGGCCGCUGAUGUGCUUCAAGUACCAAACUGCAAAAGCUUGUAAGGUCUUCAAUUCCUUGCCUUCCGCGGGAGUUGAUAUCUCCAUUGCAUGGUUUUGCAGUUUCCUUUUGUUCUGCAAUGGAGUUCGUCAACUUGUUGCUGGAAUUUGGUGAAAAAACUAGAUUCUUUCAUUACCAUGAAGGGCAAAGAACCAAAAUCGAACGCUACUUAUUGACUUCUACCAUUUUACCAUUUUCAAACCAUUUCUUUAAAUUGUAUCUUUAUUUAAAGGUUGAGGAACAGAGUUGCAUUUCAAGCGAAGUUUUGUGACCAGUGCUGAGCUGAGAAGUUUGAAGCAUCGGUAGUAGGGGCUAUUUAUCAAAAGUGUUGCUCAUGCACAUUUCGAGGGAACUUACCUUACAACGAACUUGAAAGCAAAAUUUUUAAAAUCAUUGGCACCAUUGCUAAAACUUUUUACAUGGUAUUCUAAUUGAUGAUAGUUGUUUUGAGCAACUUUUUCUUUACUCCAACGUGUUUUCAUCAAAGUCAGUGGUCGUGAGUUCGAGCCUCGCUCGGGUCGGUUAUUUUCCCGCACUCUCUAUUAAUUAUCUUUAAAAAAUCCUGUUGCCUGUAAAGAUUUCUAAUAAAAAAUUCUAAUAAAAAUGGGUUGAUGCCUACGAGAAGUGCUAUGGGACCUCACAAGACGGUUCUUUGGAAACAUCAAUAAAACAAACUGCUUCUUUUCGAAAACUUUCAAUUGAGCCAAAACGUUAGUAGACUUUGAUCUGUGUUAUAAAGUAACUUCGCAAAUACAGCCUCUGCGAAGGUUUAUUCUGCGCUCUUCCCAGGCUUUCUAUAUAGCACGUGCGAUGAGGUGUGAUUUUGUAGUUUUGUUAUUUGGUUAGUUAGGUUUUAGAGUUAAGCAUGAGUGAUGAUUUAAAAUGUUUGCGAUAAUUAUCUAGUAGUUUCUUUUUGGUCAAAUAUUCUCAACCCACACGGUUUAUAGUUUACAACAAUCUGUCAGACAAUUAAUCUUUCAACAUUAUUUCAGGAGUAAAGAGAUGCUUUAUUUAUCACGUGAUAUAAAUUCAAACAAAGCGAGUAAAUUCAUAUUCAACUGGAUUAAACUGUAAAACACUCGUAAUAUGCUAGUUCACUAACCUAGGCAUUUAGCACUCUUUGAAGUUUUGAGAAACAAAUACAGCAUAUUCCCAAGCCUAAACGAUUUUUAACCAUAAAAAGUGAAUGCUUUUAAAAACUUUCGAAUUUUGUUGAUAUCUUUACCAAAUCAAACUUACAAAAUAGCCAACAGGCUGACAAAAUUUCCAUUAGGCAAAAUCUUCUCUUUUUACACCUUAAUUUAAGGUGCGACUUAAAGUUCUCUUUGCACUGACUGUAUAAAGCCUUAGGACCUUAGGAUGGGU